AUGCGGGUGGUACCAACAGGGCACCUCGGCUCGUCGCGCCACUUUCCGUCUCUGGUCGCUGGCGCGCUCUGGUUUGGUGCGACGGUGGCAGCAAGCCUCUACUACCUUGUCCUCAUCCAGCCGCGACUCGCCAACGACCUUUUGUGGCCAAGCUACAAUGCGUCGGGGUAUCAAGCCUUUGUCGUGGAUACGCUCAAUGCUCUUCUCGAGACUGCGCCAGAGGCUUCGCGUCUCGCCUUGGCGUCUGUCUUUACGAGGAAGCGCUACUUUGCAGAAAGCACGUUCGAGGCCACCGUGCACCCGACGUACGCGAAUUCGCUGCUCACGACCAAGCUCCGAUCGCUCGAGUUUGCCAUCACGAGUCUGCGCAACACGUCUUUAAACAUGAUUGAGUGGCUCCCGACGCAGUACUGCUGGGUCGACUUGGACAAAGCGUUCGAGCUUGCCCACACAGAGCGACGGCAAGAGCGCUGUCAGCAGCAGUAUGCUACCAACGGCGCCGUGUACCUCGAGGCUGUCUUUCGCAAUAUCGAUUGGGACGCCUACAUCGCUACGUAUGGCGGUCCCAACUCCAACUUUUGGUUUGCGAUUCAGAGUGGUCUUGAGGCAUCGGAGAAAGGCGUCCAAUGGCUGCAAAGCGUCGCAUCUGCAAGGACAACCGUGGCUGAUGAAGUCGCGCACUGGCAGUCGUUUGGCGUCACUGUCUUUUGUUACCAGUACCAGAACGUCCGACUCCCGGGUCUAGUGGAGACGGCGACGCUCGUCAAUGCCCUUGGGAUGCAAACGUCGUUGGCGCUUAAGAGCAUUGCGAGCCGCCAAGGGCCUGCGACGGCCAAUCUCUACAGCCAGGCGUUUGGCUACGACCUGUUCCUUGUCGGCAUGCGCAACCAGAGCCUCGUUCGAGGGACGCCCAACUACGUUCUUAGCGCACACUCGACGACGUUCGAGGAUUUCUUGUACGCACAACCGUUUGUGAACCAAUCGGUGCUUCUGCGCGACGUACUGGGGCCGUUCCUAUCGAUCGAUCUCUAUGUCGUGCCGCCGCCCAUUGCGCUGAUUGCACUCACAUCGGCUCUCUCGGCAGCACUACACAGCUCGCUCAACGCAACCUCCGCUGAAGCGUACGCCGACAUUGGCUCUCUGUUUAUUGCGCCGACACCUCUCAUGUGGGAACGCAGUGGCACUCGGUUCGCUGGCGGCAACCCGUUUUGCCUCAAUGGCACGGCUCGGAAAUCAUACGUUCUGACGUCGUUUCUAAGCACGGACGACUGUUCCGAGACGACAGGGUCCUACCUCUUUAUCGACCCAGAGUCCAUGGUCAUGGCGCUCGCCCUCGUCAACGAUUCGGUGGCGAGUAUCUGCGCGCAAGAAACGUCCACGUGGUGCAACGAGUCCCUUGCCCAAGCGGCGGUAAUUGCGCCGCUUGUGGGUGUCGACCACCGUCUUGUCUCGGAAGCAACGACCACCAUCGUAUCGCUCAACGUGAGUUUGAUGCAGUUUGCGACCAAGCCAAGUCCCUCCAGCUGGUCAUUACUACACCAGCCGCUCUUGGAGCCGUCGUUUGCGUACUUUAGCUGGAUCAUCCUCUUUGAAUGGGUGCGAGGCGAGCGCGAAGUCGUCUCGUUCGAGGGUGACAAUGGAACACUUGUCCUUGUGUUGGACAUUUAUGUCUCGACGUCAAGUACGCCGAGCAACGCGGUGCUCGGUCGAUCGUCCAUCGGUGUCUACUACAUUUUGGUCUACGCCAACCUCGUGCUGGCGUCUGUGACUGCGAUCACGCUUCUGUCGUCGGCACGCUCCUCGAGCGCCAUCUCGGUCGUCAACGUUUUGGCGUUCACGCGUGUCGCUGGCUCGACGUGGAUUGGGCGGCCGCUGCGUUUGCUACGAGGCCUGAGCGCUAUCGUCUUAUUAAGCUCGGGCGACACGGCGUUGGUGCGCCGGUUCAAUUUGCACACGCAACUGACGCUGCCACCGCGACCACUUGUCGAGACAGUCCUCUUUGCCUGGGAAGCGACGUGGGUCGGCUACAUCGUCCACGAACUACUGCUGCCUCUCAAGACGCACAACGCCCGCUUCGUCGGAGCCUUGACAACGGGUCUUGGUUGGCUGUGUAUGGUGCUGACGGACCUUGCGUCGCCCAUAUCAGUGACUGCCACCGUCACGCGAUCGUGUGUGACCAACAAUGUGUACUACGACUUUGUCUGCGAUAGCGUUGUCGUGGCCCUUGGCAGCAAGCAUCGGUUCAUCCUCUUUUGUGCUCUUGAAUGCGCGCUCGUGCCUACGCUGUGGCUCCUUCUGCACGUGGCUCAGAGGUCCCAUAAAGUAUCGGCGUGCCGCCACGACCUACGGCUCUCGAUCGUUGGCCAAGCGUUCUUACUGCAAGGUCCACCACUGGAUCCGAUUGCCCGACUCUCGUCGGGUCUCGUUGCACUCUGGCACCGAGGGCUUCUGGACAUAAAGCUCUGGCGCGUGCUCGACACAGCGCCGACGAUUGCACUCGCGAAGCGAACGCAGGCAGCGCCGCGACCAACGAGCAUCCACGGUCGGCGGUCCCGAGUGUGGAUGGCGUUUGGUACGGUAUACGUGGCCACGGCGAUCUACAGCAGCAUCUCGUACCUCGGCCUCGUCCAGCCCCAUUUGAUAAACGACCUGAUUUGGCCCAGCUUCAACAUGACGGGGGCGCAUCUCGUUCUCGCCAACUAUUUCAACGAACGCUCGUAUCUCGCCGACAGCGCCGUGAUGCUUACGGACGGGUACCAUGUCAAUGCGCUCGGGUCGUUGGAUGCGACGCAAGCCACUAUCAUCUUUCCGAUCCAGCAAGGCGCACGGAUUCAGUACACAACCCUAACCGCGGUUGGUGACGCGAUCACGGGCCUACGCAGCAUGCCGUCGGGAGACACGCCGUCGAUCUUUACGCAGUACUGCUACCUCGAUUUUGAUCAAAAGUGGGAAAUGGCCAACUCUGUCAAGCGUCAAGAGCGAUGCAAGGCGAUGGUCCAUAACGGCGCCGUCUUUCUGGCGUCGCUGCUUCGGAACGUGAACCUGACAUUGUAUUGGGGCGAAGAAUUUGAGAUGGGGUUUGGGUCCGAGCUGCGCCAGUCGACGGCCGGCCAAGCUCUUUUAGCGACGUUUACGCCGCCGUACCUCUCGAUCGACGACGAAGCGGCGUCGAUUGGCUUGACGAUGUCGUACACCAUUGUCAACGCCUACGGCGCCUCGUAUCCCUUCACGCUGCAGUCGACGGCGACCUACGCUAGCUUCCCCAGUGCGACGUCGUACAGCAUGUAUUGGUCUCUCGCCAACGACCUGAGCUACGUCCGGAGCAACCACACGAGCAUGCGUCGGAAAAGUCUCCUUCGAUCCAGCAGUCAAUUUGCCUUUUCGAAUGCGUCGCUCCAAGAUAUUAUGAUUGAAGAUACUGGUGUUUACCUUCCAGAACCGCCGUGGAGUGCCAACUACGUUCUCGUGUCGUCGUACCUCGGGCCAUUUGGAUCCAUCGACAUGGUGUAUGUCAAUGUACCGUCGGAGCUUCGCUACUUUGUACAAGCCAUUCUCCACACAGCUGCUGCCGCUCGCCAACAUCAUUCCGAUGCGUACAUGGCGAUCUCAAGUACGCCCGGCACUGCGCCAGCGCCGCGGCUGUGGAAAGGGGUGCUUUGGACGGUCAGCGGCUCCAUUUUGUGUCCGGAUCAGCCAGCCAUCUCUAUGGAUCGCCUCGAAUGGCUCUCGGGCGCCGACAACUACGAGGCCACCUGCACGGACUCCCGUCCUGCUGUCGGCCUCGUGCCGUCGCGUAGCCAUGCGAUCUUUGCUGCUCACAUGGCCACUCUGACGGCAUCGACCGACGCGUCAGCGAUCUGUGCCCUCGAGUCGUACCACCUUCGCGCUUCGUGCAUACGUCGAGUGGAGGCCACCAUAGCUUUUAUCGCGUUACUUCCACCUCUGCCAGAUACACGUUCGUCGCUCUACGCUGCAAUCCACGCUCUCAACAUUGAGUGGGUUCAGUUUGGUAUGGUCAAUGAGACUGCACCGAUUGAGCUCUUCCACACGCCUCUUCUCGACCCUCUGGACCCAAGUUUUGACUAUUUUGCGUGGCUCUUCUUCUACGACUGGGCCAUUGGCAACCGAGAAGUCAUCUCGUUCCAAGGCGACCUCCAUACCCUAACCCUCAUGGGCGACACUCUGCCUCUGCUAUCGCAACCCGUCGACUUGGCGCAGCUACCGACUGUCUUUGCUCUCUACGCACUCCAAGCCGUCCGAUACGUCACCUACGCCAUGAUCAUGCUCGCAGCGGUGACGUUUGUGUACAUUCUUCUGGCUCGGGGCCACGUCGAGGGUCUCAACAUGUUUGAAAUGAGUCGCGUCGGCGGCAUUGUCUGGGUCGGUCGACCAUUGGUCGUGGUACGGAGCAUCACAGCUCUCUGUCUUCUCUCGACCGCUUCUGUUGAGUUGCAAUCCGACGGUGUCUUGAGCUACUUUGUCACGACGCCUAUCCCGCUCUGGACGACGUGUCUCGCGGCGAAUGAAGUCACGUGGCUCGUCGGUAUCGUCACCGACAUUUCGCUCGUCUGGACGCAAGACCACACGAUCGCCUACGCGACGAUCAACAGUCUGGUCAUGUGGCUCAUCUCGGCGCUUCUGGCAACUCUGGCGCCGGUCCAGGCCACGAUCAUUGUGUCACCGACCUGUGCGAUGGCUACGCUCGACUACCAAGUCGUGUGCGUCGCUGGAAGUGUUGUGAUUGGGUCGUUGGAGCGACUUCUGACGCUGGUGGGGACCGUGCUAGUCUGCAACGGUGUCUGCUUUGGUCUGGUGCGCUGUCUCUGGAAGCGUCCGUUGCCGUAUGUGAGCUCGUCGAUGCUGCUCUGCGGCGGGGCCAAGUACCUCUUUACGCACAACGGCUGGAUCGACGAGGAUGGCACGUAUUUUCUGGACCGCGCUUCGGCGGUCUUGAAUGGCCUGCUGAGCGUCCGGUAUCGAGAUCAGUGGCUCGUCUUUGACGUCAAGACGUGGUGUGUUCACACGCUUGAGGCUCCGAGUGAUCGUCGCAUACGGACGAGCGAAGAAACCGUUUUGAUCCACCGUCCUUUUGAGUUUGCCCUGCCACUGCGAGAGUGAUGGCGACCGAGAAGACUUAAGACGACUGCGGUCGUACUUGGUACUAUACACAGCUUUCUGUCGCUGGACAGAUUGUCAAUCGAAUCAACUGGCUUUGAUUUGCGUUCACCAGUCUUGCGUUGGAC